AUGCCAGAUCGUGCCGUACCGUUCAAGCAGGUGCUCUGGCACCGACGUACCACCAACACCACCUGUAGUGAGGCAUAUAGUGGGGGUCACGGCGAAGUUGAAGAAUCCCCUGACUGCGUCGACAUGUCGACCGCUGCGUUGCAUGACGCAUGGGGCAGAGGAGCGAUUUGGGGCACAAGCCACGUGCCCCCCCGGGAUGGCACCACUGCCGCUCGCCAGUCCUCGGCGUGGUGGCCCUCGGAGGAAGCUGGUGUGCACGCUGACGACCUUCCGCAGGUGUUUCAUGACGCCUGGCGAAAGAGAGGGGGUCGGAGCUCCAAUGCUCUUUCCGUGGGGGGCACAGCAUCGGUGGAAGCGCUACAACGGCUUCCAUCGACCCUCUCUGAGGGACAUGGUGAACAGGUGGGGUUGCCGGUGGUCCUGGCAAAGAGUGGUGCAGUGUUGUUGCGGUCGUACGAGCUUUGGAGUGUGUCCUCUGGAUGA